GGCGAAACGACAUGAAGCUGAUUUACACAGCGGGCAAGUACCUCCCAGCAGAGGGGAGGUUUUCCAGCGAGAUUUCUGACAAAGCGGGUAACUAUUCACUGCUCAUUGCGGAUACCCGGAGAAAUGAUUCUGGAAUGUAUUACUGUGCAAUCCGCAAUUACCAGAACAGGGCCUUAAUAUUCGGUAAUGGCUCCCAGUUAGUGAUUACAGAGGGCUCCCCGACCAUAUUCCUCCUCACCCCGCCGGAGGAUGAGAUUGCUUCGAUGGAAAGGGUCCCGUUGUUGUGUUUGAUCAGAGGUUUAUCCCCCGGCCCCUUUCCCGUCCGCUGGAAUGUUUCCGGGUGGGAUAUCGAAGGACAGGCAGAUUCCGGGAGAAUUGAGACGGACGGGACUUACACCAUCAGGAGUUACGCCACCCUCUCGGCGGAAACCUGGAGAUCCGGCGCUGUCUGUACUUGCACCGUUCAAAUCAACUCCAGUGAAAGUCUCCUCAGUGCAAGUGUCUCAUCUCAGAGAGGAAAAUUGAACAUUGACGAGCAACUGACAGUUUCCAGAGAACAACGAGAGAAUACAGAGGUCUUCCGAACCCGGGGCCGAGAACAGAGGCAUCCGAGCGAAGAGAUGGUGAAAAUCUCACAGCAGCCGGCCCGGGAUCGGAGACCGAGAGCUUCUUAA